AUGAAGUCCUUCCUUAUCUCUCUCAUCUUGGCCAUCAUCUGCUUUGCCUCCAGUUCCAGCGCCUUCUCGGUCCCUCCUUCGGUUGUGUCAUCUCCCAUUGUCUCGGCAGCUGCUCCUUCUACAACCAGCUUGAACGUAUUUGGAAAGCGAAAAACCAAGGCACAAAUCGAGGAAGAAGAGGCUCUGGCCGCCCAGUACUGGCAAGGGGAAUGGGUCUGCAAGGACUGUGGUUACAUUUACAACAAACAAGAAUGUGCUGGCAUGUACUUUGAAGAACAAGGAGCCGGUUUCCGUUGUCCUCAGUGCUCUGGACCCCGUCGUCGUUAUGCCAAGAAGGUCGGAGACCGAGUUGGAACUACUCUAGAUGGUGGUGAUGCUCCCAUCCUUAUCUUCUCCUUUGGUGGUGUCGCUUUGACCAUUGCCUUUGGAAUCUGGGCCGUCAACAACUUGUAA